AUGCUGGCCCUGGCUCACCCUCUCUCAUCCCUGCUAUGCCCCUGCAGCGGCCCCGGUCCAGCUGCGAGCUCUGGUCUUUUCCUCCGUCCACUACCCACCUCUCCCCUGCCUGUCAUUCCCGUCAAACCCUCUCGACUUCUACAGGACACACACACACACACACGCAACCAAUGCCGCAAUUCCAACGCUGGCGCCGUUUCGACUCCAUCGCCGUUUGCAGACAUCCUCACUGGCUUUUAUUCCAUCCGCCCGAAGCCGUGUCUCUGA